AUGAUCAGAAGCCAACGCAUCAAGCAACGCAUGGACGCCGAAGGCGACGCCAAACGGGUUUCCAAGUUGUGUACCGUCGGAGGAGCCAUGCCUGCUGCAACCACGGCAAUGUCUGAGUACUACCGGCAUGAUGGUGUUCGCAUCACGCACGACCCUUAUGCCCCGGGCAUGGCGGAGAAGUAUGGCCUGCCUGGGAAGACGGACAACGAGGGGUUUGACCCCUACGCGGACACCGUGGGUCCAGGCAUCUACGGCGGCAUCGUGAAGCGCGAUACCUCUGGGCAGGUUUUGAUCGGCAGGCAGUAUCAGAACCACAACCCACGACCCGGACCCAUCUAUGCCGGCGGGGGCUACACUCCCAUCAACGAGGCGCUGCGGAAGGGCACGGCGGCCCUGAAGCCGCUGCUGGACAAGUACCCAGACCUGGCGAAUGACAUCUCAACUGGCGGUGCCACGCCGUUGCACAUGUGCGGCAUGGGUCGGGACAACCAGCAUGCCACGGAGUACCUGAUUAAGCGCGGUGCCAAGGUGGAGGCCCUGGACACCUACGGCAUGACGCCGCUGCACCGCAUGGCUUCCAACAACCUGCCAGUUGGCGCCCGCACGCUGCUGGAGGCCAAGGCAGACCCUUCCAACCGGGGCCAGGCUCGAGCUACGCCGAUGGAGAUUGCCCAGGACUCACGAGCAAGGGAGGUCAUGGCAGUCAUUGCCGAGUACUCCAGCAAACCUCGACCUUCGCUAGCCCAACUGCGUGUCUCGAACUCUGGCGUGGAGAGUGUGAAUGCCAUGUACACAGAGAGGGAUCCGAAGGUGAUCCCGGUAGGUUUCAGCCUCACCUGCAGCGAGCAGCGCUGGGACUCGGAGAAGAUGCAGAGAAUGGUGCCUACAUUUACUGGAACCAGGGUGAUGGUCAGUGGUGGAUCGACGCACCCGAUGGCAAAGGAGUGUACAUCACCAAGGCUCCGAACACCGCUGUGCCCGGCGACGGCUGGCGGCCUCUGGGCGUAG